AUGCUGUCGGUCCUGCGCCACGCGCAGCACGGCGCCGCCGCGGCGGCCCCGCUCGCGGUCGCGUUUAGCCGCCUGCUGUCCUCCUCGGCCGCGCCCGCGAGCGAGCUGCGCGAGGCCUUCCGCGCCAAGAUCCCCGAAGAGCAGGACCGCCUGAAGACGCUGAAGACGCAGGGCGACAAGGUCCUCGGGAACGUGACCGUUGGCAUGGCUAUCGGCGGCAUGCGUGGCAUCAAGGGGAUGCUGUGGGAGACGUCGAUGCUGGACCCCGAGCUGGGCAUUGAGUUCCGCGGACACACGAUUCCUGAGCUCCAGGAGAAGCUCCCGAAGGCCAUCCCGAACGGGGAGCCGCUCCCCGAGGGUCUCCUGUGGCUCCUGCUCACCAACGAGAUCCCCACGGCCGCCCAGGCGGCCGCAGUGUCCGCGGAGCUCCGCGCGCGCGCGGGGCUGCCCAAGCGCGCCGUGGACGUCCUGAACGCCCUGCCCACGAGCGUGCACCCGAUGACGCAGUUCUCGAUCGGCGUCAUGGCCAUGCAGCCCGACUCCCUGUUCGCAAAGGCGUACGCGGACGGCGUGCACCGCUCGCAGUACUGGGAGUCUGUGUAUGAGGACACGAUGAAUCUGAUCGCGCGGCUGCCGGAGCUGGCGGCGUACAUCUACCGCCGCACGUACCACGGCGGCAAGAUCAUCCCCGCGGACCCCAAGCUCGACUGGGCGGCCAACCUCUCGCACAUGCUGGGCUACGACAGCGAGGACGCGAUGGAGAUGAUGCGGAUGUACCAGACGAUCCACGCGGACCACGAGGGCGGCAACGUCAGCGCGCACACCACGCACGUCGUCGGUUCCGCCCUCUCCGACCCGUACCUCUCCUUCUCCGCGGGCAUGAACGGCCUCGCGGGCCCGCUGCACGGCCUCGCGAACCAGGAGGUCCUCAAGUGGCUCAAGGAGGUCGUUUCCACCCUCGGGGAGAACCCCACGAAGGAGCAGCUGCGCGAGUACACCUGGGCCACGCUCAAGUCCGGGAAGGUGGUGCCCGGGUACGGCCACGCCGUGCUGCGCAAGACGGACCCGCGGUACACGUGCCAGCGCGAGUUCGCGCUCAAGCGCAUGCCGGACUACCCGCUGUUCAAGCUCGUGAGCAACCUGUACGAGGUGGUGCCGGAGGUGCUGCUGGAGACGGGCAAGGUGAAGAACCCGUGGCCGAACGUCGACGCGCACAGCGGCGUCCUCCUGCAGCACUACGGGAUCGUGGAGGAGGACUUCUACACGGUGUUGUUCGGGGUGAGCCGAGGGCUGGGUGUGCUGAGUCAGGGGGUGUGGAGCCGCGCGCUCGGGCUCCCGAUCGAGCGCCCCAAGUCCAUGACCAUGGACAGCUUGGCCUCGGCGUAG